UUUGCGAUUUCACACUUGGGCAGCCCCUCUCUACGGCGCCAUGCAGGAAGGCAGCUCUCGCGCUCACUCAGUCAUGUCGUCGGGAAAAGCAGACGCCAGCACCUCCUGUCUCCCUUCCCAGUGCUUUGAUUCCCUGACCAAGUCGUGUGUGAAAUGCUACGAACUGUACAAGGACAACACAACAGAACCUGCUCAUGCAGCGCCCACCUCAACCCUGAUACCUUCGUCAGACCUGCCAGGCAGAGCCUUGAUCUUUGUGGGCCCUGCAGUUGUGGGGCUCCUCCUGGUUCUGGCUGCCAUCUGUGUAUUCCUGGCCAGGAAAGUUAGGAGACAGAGGAGGAAGAAGAAGCAACUGGAUAAGGAGUCCAAAGAAAGAAUGGGCAACGCUGUCUCCUCAUCAAGCCCGAUCCAACAGGACUUCACAGCGCUGGCUACAGAUGAUGACUUUGCUUUCGCCAAGUACCCACACGUCAAUGGAGCAGUGAAGGUCACUCGACCUCCUGGAAAAGAUGCGGAGAAGCAGAGGUUGUGCUGCCAAGGCAAUCCUGCUGGCGAUGUCAUUGUGCUCUCUCCUGUCUCCCCCUGUCUUGAGGAGUGCAACCACUGCUUCCCGCUGCCGGCUACAGAGCUGGGGGCCACUGCCCUGGUCACCACCAAAACCACCCAGAAGACCUGCAUCAACGAGGAGAUGGCAUGAGAACAGGCGGAAUGGGGUUGGAGCUCUCUGGCUUCUGCCUGCAAAUACCAAGACUGUUUCCCUUGAGUGGAUAAAGCACUGUGUGCAAGUGAGCUGAAUCAGAACCAGGUUUUGCCUUGAGCAAGAUCAGCCUUCUAGGAUCAUUGCCUUUCUACUUUCCCAUUCGUCCAGAGUCCCAAAUAAGCCAGUAGUCACUGGAGGAAAUCUAAGUCGAUCAUGCGGAGCUACGCUGAGCCAAUAGAUGCUGUGGCUGUGCUGCCUGGAGAGGCAGAGGAGAUGUGACUGCUGAGGA